UAAAAACAGUUUAUUUGUUUUGGAUUGUGAUAUUUUUAAUUAUAAAAACUAAUUAAAAACAAUAAAGCUCUUUUUUCUUUUUCUUUUUAUCGUGCUUGCUGUUUUGUUUUUUCUUUGUUAAUUAAGCUCAUCAUUUAUUUUAUUCAUUUGCUUUUAUUAUUAAUUAAUUUUAUUAUUUCAUAUUUUUUCUUCAUUUUUUCCUUCUAAUUAACUAUUUAAUGAUAUAUUUUUUCUUCAAUAUUUAAAAAGGUCUAAUUAAAUUGGUGAUGAAGGUGCAUCAGGCUUAGGUUCAGCUUUAGCAAAAUGCAUUAAUCUCUCAAAUUUGACACUUUACCUUCUUCGAAAUUAAAUUGGUGAUGAAGGUGCAUCAGGCUUAGGUUCAGCUUUAGCAAAAUGCAUUAAUCUCUCAAAUUUGACACUUAACCUUUGGUCUAAUUAAAUUGGUGAUGAAGGUGCAUCAGGCUUAGGUUCAGCUUUAGCAAAAUGCAUUAAUCUCUCAAAUUUGACACUUGACCUUUAUAACAAUUAAAUUGAUGACUAAGGUGUAUCAGUCUUACGUUCUGCUCUAGCAAAUUGCACUAAUCUCUCAAAUUUGAUUCUUGAUCUUAAUAAGAAUUAAAUUAAUUCAGCAGAUGCAUCAGGCUUAGGUUCUGCUUUAACAUAUUGCACUAAUCUCUCAAAUUUAACACUUGAUCUUUAUUACAAUUAAAUUGGUGAUGAAGGUGCAUUAGGAUUAGGUACUGCUUUAGCAAAUUGCGCGAAUCUCUCAAACUUGGCACUUAAUCUUACAGAGAAUUCAAUUGGCGAUUAAGGUGUAUCAGGCUUAGGUUCUGCUUUAGCAAAUUGCUCUAAUCUCUCAAAUUUGACACUUGAGCUUAGAUUUAAUUCCAUUGGUGAUGAAGGAGCAUCACGCUUAGGUUUUGCAUUAGCAAAGUGCACUAGUCUCUCAAAUUUGACACUUUAUCUUUAGUUCAAUUAAAUUGGUGAUUAAGGUGCAUCAAAAUUAGGUUCUGCUUUAGCAAACUGCACGAAUCUCUUAAAUUUUAGACUUGAUCUUUAGUAAAAACAGUUUAUUGGUUUUGGAUUGUGA